GCAGGGCUGUCUGAGUUUAUGAGGGCCCAGUCUUGUGUCUGCCGGGCAAUGGGCAAGGCCCUUUCCUGUCCAAGCUCCCCGCCCCUCCCCAACCUAUUGCCUCCGCCCGAAGUCUACUUCCUGGGUGGACAGGAACUGGGCACUGUGCCCAGGGCAUGCACUGCCUCCACGCAGCAACCCUCAGAGUCCUGAGCUGAACAAAGAAGGAGGAGGGGGUCGGGCCUCCGAGGAAGGCCUAGCCGCUGCUGCUGCCAGGAACUCCAGAACAAUGCCAUCUUCUGUCUCGUGGGGCAUCCUCCUGCUGGCAGGCCUGUGCUGCCUGGUCCCUGUCUCCCUGGCUGAGGAUCCCCAGGGAGAUGCUGCCCAGAAGACGGAUACAUCCCACCAUGAUCAGGAUCACCCAACCUUCAACAAGAUCACCCCCAACCUGGCUGAGUUUGCCUUCAGCCUAUACCGCCAGCUGGCACACCAGUCCAACAGCACCAAUAUCUUCUUCUCCCCAGUGAGCAUCGCUACAGCCUUUGCAAUGCUCUCCCUGGGGACCAAGGCUGACACUCACAGUGAAAUCCUGGAGGGCCUGCAUUUCAACCUUACGGAGAUUCCGGAGGCUCAGGUCCAUGAAGGCUUCCAGGAACUCCUCCGUACCCUCAACCAGCCAGACAGCCAGCUCCAGCUGACCACCGGCAAUGGCCUGUUCCUCAACGAGAGCCUGAAGCUAGUGGAUAAGUUUUUGGAGGAUGUUAAAAAGUUGUACCACUCAGACGCCUUCACUGUCAACUUCGGGGACACCGAAGAGGCCAAGAAACAGAUCAACGAUUAUGUGGAGAAGGGAACGCAAGGGAAAAUUGUGGAUUUGGUCAAGGAGCUUGACAGAGACACAGUUUUUGCUCUGGUGAAUUACAUCUUCUUUAAAGGCAAAUGGGAGAGACCCUUUGAAGUCAAGGACACCAAGGAAGAGGACUUCCACGUGGACGAGGUGACCACCGUGAAAGUGCCCAUGAUGAGGCGUUUAGGCAUGUUUAACAUCCACUACUGUGAGAAGCUGUCCAGCUGGGUGCUGCUGAUGAAAUAUCUGGGCAAUGCCACCGCCAUCUUCUUCCUGCCUGACGAGGGGAAACUACAGCACCUGGAAAAUGAACUCACCCACGAUAUCAUCACCAAGUUCCUGGAAAAUGAAAACAGAAGGUCUGCCAGCUUACAUUUACCCAAACUGUCCAUUACUGGAACCUAUGAUCUGAAGAGAGUGCUGGGUCAACUGGGCAUCACUAAGGUCUUCAGCAAUGGGGCUGACCUCUCAGGGGUCACGGAGGAGGCACCCCUGAAGCUCUCCAAGGCCGUGCAUAAGGCUGUGCUGACCAUUGACGAGAAAGGGACUGAAGCUGCUGGGGCCAUGUUUUUAGAGGCCAUACCCAUGUCUAUUCCCCCCGAGGUCAAGUUCAACAAACCCUUUGUCUUCUUAAUGAUUGAACAAAAUACCAAGUCUCCCCUUUUCGUGGGAAAAGUGGUGAAUCCCACCCAAAAAUAACUGCCUCUCACUUCUCAGCCCCUCCCCUCCAUCCCUGGCCCCCUCCCUGGAUGACAUUAAAGAAGGGUUUAGCUGGUUCCUGCCUGCAUGUGACUGCAAACCCCUCCCAUGUUG